AUUUACGAGCCUUUUUUAAAUACAGAAUUAGAAGAAACGUAACGUGACGAUUUUGUUUGAUGUUAGUUAAAGGUGAUUAAAAACAAGUAUUUUUAGUUCGUUUUAAAGGACGACAACCAGCAGCAGACAUGGCUCGUAAUGCUGAGAAGGCCAUGACUGCGCUGGCUCGUUUCAGACAGGCCCAGCUGGAGGAGGGUAAAGUAAAGGAGAGGAGACCUUUUCUGGCAUCAGAGUGCAGUGAUCUUCCUAAAGCGGAGAAAUGGAGAAGACAGAUCAUCAGUGAGAUCUCAAAGAAAGUGGCUCAGAUCCAGAAUGCUGGUCUGGGGGAGUUCAGGAUCCGGGAUCUGAACGAUGAGAUCAACAAGCUCUUGAGAGAAAAAGGUCACUGGGAAGUCAGGAUCAAGGACCUGGGAGGACCAGACUACGUGCGUUUUGGACCGAGGAUGUUGGACCACGAGGGGAAGGAGGUUCCAGGGAACAGAGGCUAUAAAUAUUUUGGAGCGGCCCGAGAUCUGCCCGGGGUUCGAGAGCUCUUUGAAAAGGACCCGGCGCCGGCGGUGAGAAAGACGAGGGCGGAGCUGAUGAAAGAUGUGGAUGCAGAGUACUAUGGGUACAGGGACGAAGACGACGGAGUCCUCCUUCCUCUGGAGAUGCAGUAUGAGAAACGAGCGGUGCAGGAGGCGGUGCAGAAGUGGAGGACAGAGGAGGAGUCCCGUUCUUCAGGGGACAAGCAGCAGGUCAUCGACGAGGAUGACAACAUCUACACCGUGCGUGAUGAAGAGCCUGAUGACGAGAGCCAGGAGGAGCGGGAGGGCGAAGAGGGAGGAGUCAGCUUCAUUGCACACGUUCCUGUUCCUUCACAAAGAGAGGUGGAGGAGGCUCUGGUGAGGAGGAAGAAGAUGGAGCUGUUGCAGCGUUAUGUCAGUGAGACCCUUCAGGCUCAGAGUCUGGAGGCGAGGACUCUGCUGGGACUCUAAACAGGCUCAUUCUUCACACGGACCAGUCUUAGUUUUUAGUUUGUUUUUUGUCUUGAUUCUAUUAAAACUUUCUCUUCCACUUG